UCCUGGUUAGGCUGGCAGUGAUGGACAGCGUAUUGGCAACUGCCCCUUUUCCCAGCGCCUCUUUAUGGUCCUUUGGUUAAAAGGAGUCACGUUUAAUGUCACUACAGUUGACAUGAAAAGGAAGCCAGAGAUACUGAAAAACAUCGCCCCCGGAGCUCAGCCUCCCUUCCUGCGUUUUGGGGAUGAGGUCCGUACUGACAUCAACAAGAUAGAGGAGUUCAUGGAAGAGACCCUUUGCCCCCCUAAAUACCCAAAGCUGGCCGCCAGAAAUCCUGAAUCCCACACAGCUGGGCUGGAUGUCUUUGCCAAGUUCUCUGCCUACAUCAAGAACUCCAAUCCAGGAGCUAACCAGGUUUUGGAAAGGGCUUUCUCAAAGGCUCUGCGGACUCUGGACACAUACAUGCUCACCCCUCUCCCAGCUGAAAUAGAUGAAAACAGCGCAGAGGAUGAGACUGUGUCACAUCGCAAGUUCCUGGAUGGAGAUGAGCUGACAUUGGCUGACUGCAACCUCCUACCCAAGCUGCACAUAGUACAGGUGGUCUGUGAGAAAUACCGAGGCUUCAAGAUCCCACAAGAAUUUUCUGGAAUUUAUCGCUAUCUUCAAAAUGCUUACCAACGUGAAGAAUUCGUCAACACCUGCCCCAUUGCUUCUGAAAUUGAACUUGCAUAUGCUGAGGUGGCAAAACCCCUCAAAUAA